GCUAGACUGACAGCUGGCGGACAGACGGCAAGCAGCGGCGCGACGGGAGCUGCCGCUAGGUUCCGGACUUUUUCUUUUCCCAGCGCCGCCCACCCAAUGAUUCCUCCUUUCUCCACAUUCUUGUCUAGCCACACGACACGACACGCGAUCAAAGACAAUUCCGACCUGUCCAGCAUCGAAAUCCGAAUACGAACGCGAUAAGAUUAACUAUUGUCGCUCUGCCCCACGCCCUCGCUCACGGAAUCCCCAACUUCCAGUGGCCUCAUUGUGGCAGCAUCUCUGCUGAUUGGCUGUUUGCUGCCAAUUGACAGGGUUGCUCAGGAACCCGCAUACCCCUAGUACAUAGUAAAUCUCCUAAUCGCCUCCUUAUCGAGCUUUCGCCUGUAACCCUUUGACCAUUCAUUGAAAUACUUAAAACUGGGAGUCCUUUUCCUUCUUUUUCCCUGCAGGACCAAGCUACCAAGCAUCGUUCACUCUUUGGUGCAUCCCUUCAAUAAACCGAGUCAUUGAGUGAGAACAACCACUAUGGCCACCCUGAACUCGACUCUCAUCGGCGCCUUUAGCCAACCCGAAACCUUCUCGAACGUCUUCGAAGAAGUCUCCAAAUACAAUGUUCAGCUCAACAUUGCCGAGCGCCUCUGGGCUGCCUGGUAUCUCUGGAUGCAGAACGAUGUGCUCGCAACCGGCAUCAUGAGUUUUGUUUUACACGAGACCAUCUACUUUGGCAGAUGUUUGCCUUGGAUGAUUAUCGACCGAAUCCCUUAUUUCAACAAGUACAAAAUUCAAAACCAAAAAAUACCCACAUGGAAAGAACAAUGGGAAUGCGCUAGCCUUGUUCUUCUCAGCCACUUCACGGUCGAGCUUCCUCAGAUCUGGCUCUUCCACCCUAUUGCGACCUACUUCGGCAUGGACUAUGGCGUUCCCUUCCCUUCGCUCGGCAAGAUGGCUUUCCACAUUGCUAUCUUCUUUGUCAUGGAGGAUACUUGGCACUACUGGUUCCACCGAGCUCUGCACUAUGGCCCCCUUUACAAGAUGAUUCACAAGCUUCACCAUACAUAUUCUGCUCCUUUCGGUUUGGCUGCUGAAUAUGCCUCGCCGAUUGAAGUCAUGCUCCUUGCCUUGGGGACAGUUGGAUCUCCUAUCCUUUGGGUUUCGUUGACAGGAGACUUGCAUCUUUUCACUAUGUACUUGUGGAUUGUUGGCCGUCUGUGCCAGGCCAUUGAUUCUCACAGUGGUUACGACUUCCCUUGGAGCUUGCGACACUUCCUUCCCUUCUGGGCUGGAGCUGAGCACCAUGAUAUUCACCACGAGCGCUUCAUCGGCAACUAUGCCUCCAGCUUCCGCUGGUGGGAUUACAUGCUAGACACCGAGUCUGGCCCUGAGGCUGCUAAGCGCCGCCGAGAGAGGAAGAUGGCCGCCAUGAAGGCUAAGAAGGCCGAGUAAAUUGCUGGUGACGGUCCAAAAUCGGCUUUUACACGCAGUUGGUAAUUCCAAAUCAUUUUACAUGAGCUGUGGUGAUAGACAGCAUAUGAGUGCUUCUGAUGCCAAUAGUGCAAGACACUUUUGGUGAAACAACAUGGACUGAAUGCAUCGAGAUUGCAGGCAGGCCUUCGGUUUGACCGAGAUGCUUACGACAGUACGAUACCUGGCAGUGUACAUAUUUAUUUUUCGAAAGCCAGGUUGUACAAUUCUUUAAUGACGAUAGAUAUGAAAAACAAAACCCUAGUUAGACUAAUGCUCAAGAUUAAUAAGCCCUUCGCUAAACAAUAAUAUCAGAAAAUUCACAAAA